AUGACAGUAACUCCUGCGGUUAUUCAUUCGAUAACACCAACUGAUUCAUAUGUUAGUCGGGCAAACUCUGUCACUUCAGUUUCAACUGCAUCAUCCUCAUCAUCAUCUGUGUCUUCUAUUUCAAUCAAGACACCAGUAGAUUCGUCUCCGAAGAAACAGCAAUCACGAAAACCGUUGCCAAUACAAAAGGAUCGUUCGGAAUCGAUUAGUACUAUCGAAGAUCAUCGUCCAGAACAAGGAAAGAAAUAUCAAGUAGUAUAUACAAAUCAAAAUAAUAAUCAUGAAACAAGAGUCGAAGCUGAGAAGCAGGUGUAUAAUCAACGACGAAAGGUAACAACAAAUGUGCGUUUCAACGAGCGUCAAACACCUUAUCCGCCUGAUGUUCUUGCACGUGACCGAUUUAUGAUGACUCAUCUUCGAGCUCCCGUUGACAACCAGCAUCAUCAAUGA